AUGUCUGUUGAUAUUGACUGGAAGAAACUCAACUCGGAACUAGCUGGUCAUGUUCAGCAGUUUCUGAAUAAACACUUUCAAAACAUUGCUAAACCGUCUUUUAUUGGAGACAUUGAAGUAACUAGCUUUCAGUGGGGUAAUGAAGCACCUCAAAUAGAGAUCACAAGCAUUACAGAUCCAUUCCCAGAGUUUUAUGAAGAUGAUGAUCAACAAGACCAUCACUCACCUACACCUUCCAAUAGUAACAUGAACAGUAGCAGUGCUUCUUUAGUACAGACAUCCACCACUAACUUAUCGCCUACACCGAGUGAAUUUUAUACAGACGAUGGUAUGCGAUAUAAUACAGCAAGGCUCUCUCUCAACACACCCUUAUCACAUCAACAACGAUUUAACCUUAUGCAUUCAUUCCAUCGUUCUCCUCUUGUGGCACCUCAGCAUCCUUUCAGCAGCUAUUUUGCUUCCCCUACAACAAUAUCACGUCCACCGAGUAUAGAAGAAGAUUGGAUUGAUGAUGAAGACAUUAAUCAUGUAUCCAACCCAUCUAUACCCCCUAGUCAAACAACCAGUACUCUUGACAAAAAGACAACAGAAAUGGACUUUCAAGUUCAUAUGCUUAUCUCUUAUAAAGGGGAUAUGACAAUGACUAUCAUGACUGAAUUACGCAUGAAUUAUCCUAGUGUGAUGUUUAUGAGCUUGCCUAUUCAUUUAUGUGUUCGGUCUAUUGAAUUUGAAGCUACUGCAGUAGUUGCCUAUAUUCAGAGUAUGAAGCGAGUAUGUAUUUCUAUGCUGGAACCUGAGCAAGAUAUGACAUUUUCAGGCAGAAACAAAGAUAUUGGCAUGGACAGUCUAUUAAGAGAUGUGCAUAUUGAGACAAUAGUAGGGGAUGGACAAAAGCAAGGUAUUUUGUUCACCAACAAAACUAUACGCUAA